CAACUGAGGACAGACAUCCAGCUUAAUUCCGGAAUUUUGGACAGGAUGCCUAGACCCGGGAGAAACACUUACAGCGACCAGAAGCCGCCGUACUCCUACAUUUCCCUCACCGCUAUGGCCAUCCAGAGUUGUCCGGAGAAGAUGCUUCCUCUCAGCGAGAUCUACAAGUUUAUCAUGGACCGCUUUCCUUAUUACCGGGAAAACACCCAGCGCUGGCAGAACUCCCUGCGCCACAACCUCUCCUUCAACGACUGCUUCAUUAAAAUCCCCCGACGCCCGGACCAGCCCGGGAAGGGCAGCUUCUGGGCGCUACACCCCAGCUGCGGCGACAUGUUCGAGAACGGGAGUUUCCUGCGACGCCGCAAACGUUUCAAGGUGAUGACAUCAGAGCACCUGGCACCCAGCAAGCCCUCGGACGCUGCCCACUACCUCCAGCAGCACGCCAAGAUCCGGCUCAGCGCCCUGGGAACCCACCUCCCCCAGAUGUCCAGCUACAACCUAGGAGUGUCCCAGCCGUCCACGUUCAAGCACCCGUUCGCCAUAGAGAACAUCAUCGCCCGAGAGUAUAAAGUGCCAGGAGGGCUGGCGUUCUCCACCGGGUACCCUCUGCACAACCAGCUGACCACAGCCUGGCCCCAUAUGUACAGCACUAGCAUGAUGGACAGCGCUGCGCCCAUCUCCAUGACCAGCGAUUACAGUGCCUACGGUGUGCCCAUCAAGUCGCUCUGCCACGGCGGACAGACCUUACCGGCGAUCCCCGUCCCGAUCAAGCCCACCCCGGCGGCGUUGCCUCACCACAUCCCCGCUUUCCUAUCGAACUCUCCCCAGUCGCUGAGCCCGACGUCCCCGCAGACAGCGACCAGCCAAAGCAGCCCAGCCACCCCGAGCGAGACUCUGACGGGUCCCGCGACGCUGCAGUCGGUCGCUGUGCACUGACACCCGCGAACGUGGGGGCCUCCCCGGUCGACACCUGUACUCCAAAGUUGAAUUUUAAUAACAGACCUUGAAAAAACACUGGCUAUACAAUCAAGGCAAGAGCUAUCUAUGUUGCAGUGAUGGUAAUUUAUGUGUAUAUGUGUUGAGAUUUUUAAGUGUUGCUUUCGAUGAGUCCAAUCACAUGGAUCGACACGGAUAUCGUAUUGUAAAAUGGAGAGUUUUUACAUUUUAAAUAUCCAGAAUUUUACGUGUUUAUUCGAAUGGGGUUUGAACUGCUGACAAAUUCCAAGCACUGCGAUCUGCUUCGUGUUUGAAUCGCGCAAGGCAAAAGCGCUCGUCGUUUUUACAGGUUAUAAUUGUUAUCGCGCUGAAACAAAUUGUAAGUUGGAAUGCUCUCUACUCUCGUGUAGUCAUGCAACUAACUUUCCUAGACGACUAAACUUGUCUCAGUCUGCAAACCAAAUACUAUCCUACUUGAUCUAAAAAACACACACACACACAUACACACAGUAUCAUGGCAAACUUGAAAAAAAAGUUUAAAUAGUUUUAAAGCAAAGGGUCAUCAAGAAGUAAAUAUGUGAAUAAUUGCAAAUAAGUGAUAUUGAAUUGUGUCAAAUGCACUUUUUAGUUUAGAUGUUUUACAUUCUAUUUUGCAGGAAAUGUUUUUGUGAGCGUUUAAUUUAAAGCCGUGGUGACCAUGUGUAUUAAAAUGCCGUACAUUUGUACUUUUUGUUGAGAUAUAAAGCAUGCCUUUUUCCAAGACUUUGUGUUGUUCAAGCAUGCGUGCUUUUAAAAGAUGUGCAAAAACGUCUGCAUUAAAUUAUAAACUUGGUCAUCAGAAUAUUUUUUCAUUAAAAUUGUGUAAACUUAAAUAA